AUGGCUGAAGCACUUGUUUCCGGUGUCUUAGAGCAGUUGACUGCAGUUGCUGGCAAAGGCAUACAACAGAAGGUGAGGCUAGUUGUUGGUGUUGACGAAGAAGUUAAAAAGCUGAGUAGCAAUCUUGAAGCUAUUCAAGCUGUGCUCGUUGACGCAGAGGCAAGGCAAGUGACAGAGACAGCUGUAAGACGUUGGUUAGAUCAGCUCAAACAGGCUUCCUACGACAUUGAAGAUGUGUUGGAUGAGUGGAACUACGCCAUUCUAAAACAAAAACUAGAGGGGGUUGAAGAUGCUACCGGUCCUAAGAAGAAGAUGUCAUUACGAAACAAAAAGAGAGGUAUAGUUUUAAUACUAUCACAAGGGUCGAAAGGCUAG